CACCAUCCGCCCAUCACCAGAUGUCUGGUUUCCCUCACGUAAUCGGCCCUCUGCUAUCGGCGGUCCCCGAUAGUCGCGUUCUGCGGUUGGGCUUGAAAGGGGAUAGGCUGGCACAUGGACCCCGCCGCUACCUAGGUACCUACAAGUAGGUACAAAGAUGCGGGCGGGGCCGCCAGAGAUACAAAGCUCCAGGUAUCUUCACUGAAAUAUGACUGCAUUUGUCCAUUCCCCAACUUUUUGAAGUUUGGCAAUCAGGUAACUUGUUGAUUUCUCUUCCAUUCCACGUCCAUUUUGACUUCCUAUUGAAAUCACACAAAUUCGACGGAUCGAUGCCAAUUGGGAUUGCAAGAGCAAUUGAGGACUGAAGCAAUCAUCAUGGAAAUGCCAGCAGGGUCGUUGGACGAGGUUAAGCAGAGUUUGAAAGGGGAAGAGGAUUCGAGGAGAAUCCCAGCAGAGGAGAUUGAUGCGACGUUCAAGUCGAAAUACACUGACCUCAUAUCCGCUCCCCUCGGCUCCACCGUCCUCUCCUUCUCGGACGAAUGGUUCGCCUCGGCCUCCAACCUGCUCACGCCGACGCCUCCCAUCCGCAAACCCGGCUACUUCGUGCAUACAGGCGCCUGGUACGACGGCUGGGAGACGCGGCGCCACAACCCGGAGCCCUUCGACUGGGUCGUGAUACGCCUGGGUGUAGCCUCUGGACGCGUGGCAGGCGUAGAGAUUGAUACGGCAUGGUUCAAUGGGAACCACGCACCCGAGAUCGCUGUGCAGGGAGCCUUUAUCGACAACGACGAGGACGAAGAGAGAGUGAAGAGCAAAGAAUUCGACAAGUGGGAAAUGAUCCUGUCCAGGAAAAAAUGCGGGCCCAGCCAAAGGCAUGGAUGGCUGCUCAACACCCCUACUUCCAAGGCCUACACGCACGUCCGCCUGCAAAUGUUUCCCGACGGCGGCAUCGCGCGCUUCCGCCUUUACGGCACCGCCGUCCCCGUCUUCCCCGCCGAUGCCGACGCCGUCAUCGAGCUCUCGGCUACCGUCAACGGGGGCGUGGCGACGGCCUGCUCAGACCAGCACUUUGGCACAAAGGACAACCUGCUGCUCCCUGGGCGAGGCAAGGACAUGGGCGAGGGGUGGGAGACGAAGCGGUCGCGCGGCGCGCACGUCGAUUGGGUCAUUGUGAAGCUGGGCGCGAGGUGCGAGAUCGAUCACAUUGUCAUUGAUACUGCGCAUUUUCGAGGUAACUACCCGCAGAAGGUGCAGGUUUUUGCGGGGGACUUUGAGGGGGAGCCUGGCAGCGAGGAGCAGGGGUGGACGGAGGUGUUGGCGCCGACGCAGAGUGCGGCGGAUGUGGUGAGAGUGUAUAGGAAGGAGGGGACGGGCCAGGAGGCCGAUGGGGUGUUGAAGGAGGUUAGAGGAAAUGUGUAUGGGUGGUGUAAGUUGGUGAUUAUUCCGGAUGGCGGGGUGAGUCGGUUCAAGGUGUUUGGGAGGAGGGUUGUAUGAGGGGGGUCUACAUGCAGAUGUAGGUGUGGUGGGGAAAUGUUUGGAUAUUGGACAGGGGUUGGUGUACCAUGAUACUUAAAUAGAGAUAUAGUUUGAUUUGCAAUACGGAGUAGUAUACAAGAAUUCACGACAGCAUUCCAGAA